UUACAGAUAGUACCGUGUACCAUGCGCGUACGUACGUCCUUUUCUUCUCCCUAUUUCUGUUGCUUUCCUCUCCAUCCUGUGGUUUUAACCAGGUCACAACCUGAAAACCACAAACCCCAAACCAGCAUCUCUUUCUUUGGCCUCCUUAAAACCUAAAUCCUUUUUUUGGGGUUCGAAGGAGGCCGAGGCGAUUUCUUUCUUCCCAUUCCAAACAAGGGGUUGAGGCCUCGAAGGCUCUAGCGGAGAGAACGAGAGCCAAACUCUUGAGUGGGGUGCGUGGAGAGUGGAUGCACUGCUCCACCACCGCCACCCUGUCUCUCUGAUGUUGGUGAUGUGAUCACAACCGAGAAGGCUUGAAAAAGGAUAAAAGUUUUGCUUUGGUGUUGGGGGAAACAAAGCAAAUCAAGCUGGCAGUACAGUUCAUGUCUUGGGUAGUAUUCUGGGGAUUUGAGAUUGUUUCUGAGGUGGGUUCGUGUCGGUUUCUGAGGGGAGGUUUCUGAGCGAACACAUUAUAAUCUCAAAGCUUCCACAGAGAAGCUGCAUCAGAUACAACUCUGGCCGUCGAAUCGGGCAAGUUUUCUCGAGCCGGGGCAGGCGUUGGCGAUCAGGUCUCUGGUUCUCAACCCUGUUUCGGGUGGUCUCGGUCGCCGGUCUGGUGGCUUCCCGUUGAUUAUGGUUAAUCCUUGAUCCAACCAUCACUGGAAGUACAGCCUCUCAGCAUUCAAUCAGACCUUUGGAAUUGGAAUGUGAGAUCAAUUUUGAAGAAAACAGCAGGAAAAUCCACAUACAAGUGUCUUCGGGUUUCGGUCUAUUUUGAGGAUUCGGAGGUUUUUCAUAUCGAAAAUGGCAAAAUUCAGUUGCUUUUCUUUAAUUGGUAGGAGGAAGAAGAAGGUUAAGGGAGAUGAUGAAUCUACAAGAAGUGGUGAAGUGGACAAGGCAAUUAGAACCCUGCAAGUCAGGCUUCAACAGCAGCCUCUGAAACCGUUGGAGAUUGAUGGGAAAUCGAAGCCGGCAACUUUCGGAGUCCUAAUACCUUAUGGUGUUGAGAAGAAGUACUCUUCCCCUCCUAGUGGCAAUACAAGGAGCCCGAAAAGUCCUAUCAGGUGCGUUGAAGCAGCGGCUUGUGAAGGCGAAUAUGAGCACAAAGAGAGCCCCUUAGCCAAGGGAAGCUCCUCUAAUGAUCACUCUGAUCUGCAACCCAAUGAAGCCAAUUCAGGUGACGUGACUCCAUCAAGGAAGUUGGAUUUAUCCGAACCUGAUUCGAGCUCUCGAGGGGUUCAAAGCGGGCAUUUUAGUGAUCCCGGGGUUGGUAAGGCCGAGUUUUGGGCAUCACCAAAGCUUACCAGAUCAUGCUCUAAUUUGGAGACUCAUAAGAAAGUUGUUAAAAAGAUGACCUCUAAGAUGCCUGCUUCGAAGUCUCUGUCUCUCGAAGAACGGCAGGAAAUGGCUGAUAGUGUGAGGAAGGAUGUUGAUCCAGGCAGCCCUAGUUCUGUGUCAAGCCACUACAGUGCUGAUAGAGUGAUGCUGAAGAAGCAUUCUUCAAGCCAAGUUCUGCCUUCUCGAAGUCGAAAAUUGUGGUGGAAGUUGUUCCUUUGGAGCCACAGGAACCUGCACAGAACACGGGAUGCAAAACCAAAUACACUUAGUCCCAUUUCAGCAAACAAGCAAGGAGGGUACUCUUCAGACACACUCGAACCAAAUCUAGCUAUGCAGUUUGGCAAGACGGAAUCACCACUAUCAUAUACUGGAGAAUUGUUGGACAAGGGGAAGAACAUUGUAGAUGAAAACAAGAGCUGGGAUGGUUUUCACAUUGGUGCGUCGGCCUUAUGGCCUCAGAACCAAUGGGUUGCUUUCUCGACAGAAGCCUCAUCAUCUUCAAGAGUGCAAGACUGGGUGAAAGAUCUCAGAAUACAAACCUCCGUUGAAAAGAAUGAAGAUGACAAUGAGGGAAUCGUCUCCCCACGGACACCCCCCACUCCUGAGACUCCAAAGUCUCCUGUGACUCCUGCGACUGCUAGAUCGAAAAGCGCCACUUACUUCAGCCGAGGCCUUGAAGAGGAUACCUUACAUGCUAAUACUGUGAUCCAGUCUCUAAAUUCUUCCUCAACAGUGGCUCACAUAUCUGGUAUGGGCAUGAAAGCCAUCCCCAACAUUUCAUGCUUCUGCAGUCUUCGAUCUGUCAACUUGUCGAACAACUUCAUAGCCCACAUUACUCCCGGGUCGCUGCCGAAGAGUCUUCACACGCUCAACUUGUCCAAAAACAAGCUCAGCGCCAUUGAAGGACUAAGAGACUUAACCCGAUUGCGAGUACUUGAUCUAAGUUACAACCGAAUAUCUAGAAUCGGACGUGGAUUAUCGAGUUGUAAUGUAUUGAAGGAGCUCUAUCUUUCCGGGAACAAGAUCAGCGAUGUAGAGGGUCUGCAUAGGCUACUGAAGCUGACAGUUCUGGACUUGAGCUUCAACAAGAUUACAACAACAAGGGCACUGGGCCAGCUGGUGGCUAACUACAACUCACUGCAGGCUCUAAACCUAUUAGGGAAUACAAUCCAGACCAACAUCGGCGAUGAGCAGCUACGCAAGACAGUUUGUAGUCUCCUCCCAAAGCUAGUGUACCUGAACAAGCAGUCCAUCAAGCCACAAAGAGCAAGGGAGGUACUCACCGACAGCGUAGCCAAAGCUGCACUUGGAAACAAAGGGUGGAACCCUAGAAGAAAAGCCAGCAAGAAGCUUAGCCAAAGAAGUGCAUCGUUUAAAAAAACUCAUGCCUUGCCAUCGAAGAAAAGCUCAUCAUUUCCUACCCACGGGCACAAGAGAGGUGCAAGUGUUGUAUAGGGAAACAUACGCAAGACGAAGAGCAUGGUCAGAGCGUUAUCUGAACACCACUCUUCAUCCCGUUAGAUGAUUCUUCAAAGUUAGGGGACUCAAAAAAGUUUAGAGAUAAAAAUUUCGAGGCGUGUGUGCGUCCCUUGUCUGAUGUCUUCAGUGUUUCUUCAGUGUCUGUAGGGCCAAGGGACGUCGUGGUUUUCAUGUUUCAGUUUUCCAUCGGUUAAUAUAUGCAGGCUGCAUUUUUGCCCCAA